GGAGGCCGGACCGGGGAAGCCGAGCGGCGGCGGCGGUGGGGUCGGCCAUGGCGGAGCUGGUGCAGGGGCAGAGCGCUCCGGUGGGCAUGAAGGCUGAGGGCUUCGUGGAUGCCUUGCACCGGGUCCGGCAGAUUGCUGCUAAAAUCGAUUCAAUUCCUCACUUGAAUAAUUCCACACCGCUGGUGGACCCCUCAGUGUACGGAUAUGGAGUGCAGAAGCGGCCCCUGGAUGAUGGAGUAGGUAACCAGUUAGGGGCCUUGGUACAUCAAAGGGCAGUAAUUACAGAAGAGUUCAAAGUGCCUGAUAAAAUGGUUGGAUUCAUUAUUGGCAGGGGAGGUGAGCAGAUUUCACGGAUUCAAGCAGAAUCUGGUUGCAAAAUUCAGAUUGCCUCAGAGAGUUCUGGGAUUCCAGAGAGGCCCUGUGUACUUACCGGAACCCCAGAAAGUAUUGAACAAGCCAAACGGCUCCUGGGACAGAUUGUGGACCGAUGUCGGAAUGGACCUGGCUUUCACAAUGACAUAGAUGGCAACAGCACAAUCCAGGAGCUUCUCAUCCCUGCGUCCAAAGUGGGUCUGGUCAUCGGCAAAGGAGGGGAAACAAUCAAACAGUUGCAGGAGCGAACAGGUGUGAAAAUGGUCAUGAUCCAGGAUGGCCCACUGCCCACAGGAGCAGACAAGCCUCUCCGCAUCACUGGAGAUCCCUUUAAAGUACAGCAAGCAAGAGAAAUGGUCCUAGAGAUCAUCCGAGAAAAAGAUCAGGCUGACUUCCGGGGUGUGCGUGGCGAUUUUGCCUCCCGAGCAGGAGGAGGCAGUAUAGAGGUGUCCGUACCUAGGUUUGCUGUUGGGAUUGUCAUAGGAAGAAAUGGAGAGAUGAUUAAAAAGAUCCAGAAUGAUGCUGGUGUGAGGAUCCAAUUCAGACCAGACGACGGAAUUAGUCCAGAAAGAGCAGCACAGGUCAUGGGCCCUCCAGAGCGGUGUCAGCAUGCAGCACACAUCAUCAAUGAACUCAUUCUCACAGCACAGGAAAGAGAUGGCCUUGGAGGCCUUGCGGUAGCUAGAGGAAGAGGCCGAGGCCGAAGUGACUGGAGCGUGGGCACUCCUGGUGGUGUCCAGGAAAUCACAUACACAGUGCCAGCUGAUAAGUGUGGCCUUGUAAUAGGCAAAGGGGGCGAGAACAUCAAAAGCAUCAACCAGCAAUCAGGUGCACACGUGGAGCUUCAGCGGAACCCCCCUCCCAACACCGACCCCAACCUGCGGAUAUUUACCAUCAGGGGUGCUCCUCAGCAGAUCGAGGUGGCCAGGCAUCUCAUAGAUGAGAAAGUUGGCGGUACCAGCCUUGGAGCCCCUGCAGCCUUCGGACAGAGCCCCUUCAGCCAGCCACCAGCUGCGCCACAUCAAAACACCUUUCCUCCCAGGGGCUUCCCCAACAUUGCUGCUAAAGUUAACGGGAACCCCCACAGCACCCCUGUGAGUGGCCCUCCAGCUUUUCUGACCCAAGGCUGGGGCAGCACUUACCAGGCUUGGCAGCAGCCCACACAGCAAGUCCCAAGCCAGCAGAGCCAGCCACAGAGCAGCCAGCCUGACUACAGCAAGGCCUGGGAGGACUAUUACAAAAAGCAGAGUCACACCCCCAGUGCUGCCCCACAGGCCAGCUCCCCACCGGACUACACGAUGGCCUGGGCUGAGUACUACAGGCAGCAGGCCGCCUUCUACGGGCAGACUUUAGGGCAGGCUCAGGCCCACAGCCAGGUCUGUAGCCAGUCCCCAGCACCGUGAUGCCACCCAGCCUCUGUGCUUGCCUAGUCCCAGGGUGAGCACACUGGCCUGUGGGGCCUCCUGUCUCCCUCCAGUCCAGGCCCUUGAGCUUGAUCAGAUGCUGCUCUCUGUAGCUCUGGGCCUAGUAACCCUAACUAUAACUAAGUCCCCAACUUCUCCCUGGGUCUGCAGUGACGAGAGCCUCUCCAGUAGUUGUUCUUAGGAAGUGGCCAGGCUGGGCCUCUGACUGCACAGCAUCCUCGGGGACCAAGGAGGUGGAGGGCCAGCUUGGCUUCUUUGUGUGUAGAAACUUGGAGGGUUCUAUCCAGUCCUCGGCCAAGCAUGAUCUCUCCUUUGAUGGGAGGGAGAGCCAAGUGCUCCCAUAGGGCACCUUUCUGGGAAGCUGGUGACCCAGGAGAAGCCCUCCCCUUGUCCCUCCUUGGUGCCCUGACCCUAGAGCCUGAGGUGCUCAGACUCCAGCAUGGUGUAAGGCGCUGGACACGGGGCUGACCCUCUCCCUCCCCCCACAGGAGCAGUAGAUGGGCAUCUGCAGCGGCUCUUCCCCGAAAUCAGUGUGAGAGAAACCUGUUUGUUACAGAGAUUUUUAGAUUUGCAAACCUUUCGAUGAAGAACCUUUGUUUUGUUCUGUGAAACACUAUAUUUAGAUUAACAGAAUUUUUCUAAAAAUCGGGACGGUUAGUUACUAAACAUUGCUGGUAAUUUCUGUGUUGUGAUUUCUUUGUGACUUCAAGUGUGUGAGCUCUGGGGCUCUUUUGGAGCAAAGCCUGCAAGCUCAGGUGCCCGAACUCUCCUCAGAGCCUGACAUUUCAUCAACGGAUGGCUUUGUUUUGUUUUUGUGUCUUUUUAUUUACAGGGUUUUUUUUUUUUUUUCUUUUUU